AAUUAGGGUUUAGUGAAUCGAAGAUGAGUCGGAGUUUGGGGAUUCCGGUGAAGCUUCUUCACGAAUCGUCCGGUCAUAUCGUGAGUGUGGAGAUGAAGAGUGGUGAGCUAUACAGAGGAAGCAUGAUCGAGUGUGAGGAUAAUUGGAACUGUCAGCUCGAGAACAUCACCUAUAAGGCCAAGGAUGGUAAGGUAUCACAGCUUGAGCAUGUCUUCAUUCGAGGCAGCUUAGUCAGGUUUAUAGUCAUACCAGACAUGCUAAAGAAUGCUCCAAUGUUCAAGGAUGUUAGGGGCAAGGGAAAAAGCUCUUCACUAGGUGUAGGCAGAGGAAGAGGCGCUGCAAUGCGAGCCAAAGGUCAAGGUACUGGACGUGGAACAGGAGGAAGGGGAGCCGUUCCACCUGUGAGGAGAUAGUUUAGUUAACCCUCAUAAUGUAGCUUCGACUCUUGAGACAAUCUCUGCAGUAUCCAUGAGAAUCCGCCAACUUCAGCUUGUCACUUAUGCAUUUAAGGUACACAGUAAGUAAAAUCUCUAACAAGAA